AUGAGAUGGAACAGCAAGAACCCCUUCGCGCGAUUCGCUGUUUUCAAGAAGAAGUUGACUGCUGCUCAUGUGAACUUCGACAGAAGUUGGAGGCCGGUUGAGAGAUACCUAAAGAUUGGCAGCAAGACAUAUGUCUACUGUGAAGGGGUGUCCUCUGGACCUAGUAGUAAGAGUGACAAGUGGAAACUCCGUGUGACUUGCACUAAGGAGAAUUCUAAAAAGACGAGAGCGUUCGAUAUAGAGUUCAAGAACAAGGACAGUGCGACGAGUUUCGCCACAAUAUGGGGAGCGUAUACGACGGAGGUGCCGAUACCUGCGAGAAUGAUCAAAGACUCGACCAUCCAGGCGGCCGAGGUCCUCGUCAGUCCCGCCACUGGACGAGCAAGGAAGAGAGUUCUUCGCCUCGGAGAUAAGAAACCGAGAAUCUGUCGCGGCGUAGCUGACGUCUUGUAUAAGGGUGAUGCCGCUGAUGUCGUUGCGGAGUGCGAUAAGCAGCUACUGACGAUACCAUUCGGUGCCUACCAACGUGCAGAGAAGUUCGCUGCCGUUUGGGGUGGUUUCAAGAAGGUGGAUGCGGAUAUUGUCGAGAAGUGUUCCAAGAUGGAGAUAGCUGGUCAUCCCGACGAUAUCGUCAGAGCAACGUCAGACGUCGUGUCGCUGGGCAGGAAGAUCGCCGCGGGCCGCCUGGAGACCAGUGAUGGCUCGAUGCUACGCUGUGCGCGCGUGAGUGAGCCGGUAUCAUACGAGGGAGGCAUCGACAAGUACGUGGUGAAGACCAAGUGCCAGGGCCGCACUACUAAGGUUAUCUGCGAUGACGAGGAUGCUGCCUGGAGAUUCUCAGCCCAGUGGUCACAUUUCCGUGCGGGAGUCUCUACUAACCUCGGUCUAGUGAGUGCCUCCAAGCGUGUUGAUGUCCACCACAAUGGCAAACGCUUACCGUUCACGCUUGUCACGGCUAACAUCGAGAGCCACGUGACCUCGCAGAACGUUCGGAUGCGCUGGCUUGGGCUUCGCUAUGCUGGCACAUCCAUUAAGGACGAUUUGGAUCUAUCUCGACAAUGGUUCGUCUGCUCCAGGGUGAAGAAUAUCAAAGAGACUGAUGGCGGCGAAUUCCACGUCGUCACCACCUGUGGCCUGUCAAUUCGCAAUCGCAUCCCCACUCCUGAACACAGUGACAACGAGGUGGACGUUGUCUUUACUAAGAGGGACGAGGCAUACGACUUCGCCAUGCAGUGGGGUCAAUACAAUCCGGUGAAUGCUCGUGACGUCGGGGUGAUGUAUGCAACUGAACCCGUGGUAGAUCUGGUCACUGCAGGCUUCUACCGCGAUACGUUUUCUGGGAAACUGACGGGGAGGGUGUUCACAACUCGGGACACUAACUUCGAAUGCGGUGCAAUAUCUGCUCUGGAACAGCAGACCAACGGUGAUGUUCAUAUUCGGACUGAGUGCUCGGCCGAGCGGAAAAGGGAAUAUCUCCCUUCGGCUGACACAACACUGGCGAUGAAGCGGGCUGAGGCAGCUGUGAAAUGGGCUGUCAAGUGGGGAGAUGUUGCCAAUCCUGAGAUCCACAUGGCUGCGGCUAUGGUAUCUGGCGCUAGUGCGAACGUUGAGGGCCAGGUCACAGGGACUGUGAGCAUCGCCAAGUUGGUCUAUGCCCCGACGGGAGCUCUGCAUAGUAGGGUUAUCGAGAUCAAUGACGACAGCGACAAAGUGUUCGUCUAUAACUGUGAAGGCGUCUCAUCGGACAUCGCCGUUCAAGGCACUUCCCAAGAACUUGGAGUUGCUUUCGCUCGCUAUUUCGGCGGCAUGCACAACGCUAAUAUUGAAUCUGAUGCGGAGUUCAUCGGAUCGUGUCCGAGUGCCGUCAUUGGCACCGGUGGUGUUCACGAGUUGAAACACGCUCGGCUGCGAGAAGAGACAGGCACCGGUGAAGUGAAGAGGAUUCUUGUUGUGAGACACUUCCAAGCACGUUUGAGUCUUGCGGAAUUUCAACCUUGUGAGGUUCACGGAGAAGAGAAAGAGCUCAGCUGUUCUAACAUUGUGAACCCUCCACAGUUCGAUGACGGUGUGUACAAGAUAUCAGUCAUUUGUGAAUCGAAGCCUGUCACGAUCACUUGCACGGACUCCGAUCCAGCUGUGCUCCUCGCCACUAGAUGGGGUGCAUAUCCUCGUUCGGAGCUCGGAGUUGAGCUCUAUCCUGGAGUGUGUUCGAGCGCUCGACUGGGGAAUGACGAAGGUUGGACUGUCACACGACAGACCGUCACCAUGACAGGAGCAAGCAGGAGUUUCGUGGUUGAGAAGGCUGGAACUUCCACCCAAGUCACUUGCGACGGGCUGCAGCAAAAUCCACAAAUCGUAUCUGAUGGAGUCGAAAUAAGCAUUGACUGCCGUGAGGGAAGUUCUGGAACCCCUAAGAAGUUGGAACUGCUCUGCAGUACUCCGUUCGACGCUAUCAGGGUAUGCAAAGGACCUCUGUUUGAGAAACAAGAUGCUGUGGUGGAAGUCGGCAGCAGAGUUCGCAGCGCCUGCGACACUGUCACAGUCUCUGGUCAGUCGACAUCGAUGCACCUGACAUCAGCAAGCAUACAGGGCACGACUGUGGUCGUCGAUGUUGCGGCUGCUGAUGAGUCGAACGCACAACAGUUCUCUUGCACACAUUUCUUUGGAUCUCCCGAGGCCACUGAUCAUCAGACUCUCGUUCUCCGUGCGCAGUGCGGAGAGGAGAUAUUAAACUUUGAAUGCAAGGACACGGCUGCGGCGCUGCAGCUAGCUACGUUUGGGCAGAUCGACCAGCCAGCAAUCGCCCUCCAGCAAGGAUUGAUCAACUCUUGCGCUGAGGUGAAACAGGAAGGUAUUUCGAAUGCAUUCACUCUAUCAAAGGCUACGUACCGGCCUAGCUUCGUGAAGACAUCGGGUUACUCCUUCGUCAUUGGCUCGGAGCAGGAUCUUAAAAGAUGGUUAACGAUUACACUGAGAAACGAUGACGAGCCGGGUUACGAAGACUCUGACUUUUUGCUCUCCUGCAACGCCGUGGGCUCUUCACCAGAGCCACUCUCCGCCCUUGAUAGGAGCGCUGACAAGUACAAAGUAACCGUGGACUGUGAAAGCGCUCGAGGAACGGGUGGGAACACCAAAGUAGAGGUGUUAUGUGAUGAUUUCCAUAACGCCAUGCAACUUGCUACAGUUUGGGGCUCUCUGGAUAGUUCACAACCGGCGAAUAUAGAGUUGAAAAGCCUGCAUACUCAUCUGAAGGCAGCAUGGCUUGACACUACGAAAGUGGAACCCGAUACGGUUCGCAUGUUCGUCGCGCGCCCCGAGGGAGAAAAGGACGAGGGAAGCAUCCUUCAGGCAAGUCUAGAAGCCAUUCGCUCAAGCUCCUACAAGUGCGACCCUAAUGCAGCGCACCGCGUUUACUUCAAGCAAUUCUUCUACUAUGUUACUAUGCAUUGUAACGAGCUUUCACAGGAUAAGGUCACCCUGGGGGAGCCACACAAGGUGACGCUCAUUGCCAACAAUGAAGAGGCUGCGCUCACUAUCGCGCGAGCCUUUGCUAAGAUACCUGUUGACAAGGUGUGGAUUGAUCACACGCUGUACUUCGCUGGCGAGGAAGGAGCUACUAUGAUCGGCGAUACCCAGACUGCUUUGACGGAGGCAUACGUGAAGGUCUUCCCGAGAGAGUACCUACUGGAUUUCAGCGGCGCGUUCCAGUACAGCUGCAAUGAAGCCUCGCAGGCUCCGAAGUACACGUCAGACAAUAGGUAUGAAGUUACGCUAACAUGUGGCAAGCGUGACGAUGAUGAUGAGCCGGAGCAAAAAGAUCAAGUCGUGACCAUCGCCUUCUCCACGGAUUCCAAGGCCAUUGGUUUCUCUAAUGCAUUUGGAGGCCUACUGUACCACGAGGUUGAGUUCGAUUCCACUAUCCUUCAUACUGUGGACUACAUCUCACUCGUAGCAGAACAGCAUAUGCAAAGGGAAGAGAUAUACCCACUCAAGAGAGCUACCGUGGAGUUCGAUCUCAAUGGUCGUCUCACUUCUCGUCGUAUCGAGUUUUUACGUGCGGAUGAGCAUUACGGAGGUGGCAACGGCAAACGCACUUAUCACCCCGUUAAAUUCGAGUGCGAUGAGGAGCUCCUCCUUGACCGCAAGGCUGAUACAUCUGGUCGCAUCAUCGCCGCGACAGUAACUGCGACAUGUGUUGAGACCUAUGGUGGAUUCCAUCAGCAACAUAGCGAUAAGAUUAAGGUUGCUAUGGCCUUCCGGAGAUCCCCUGAUGCUGCGGAACCUUUCAUGAACUGGUGGCGCGGAAACUUUAAAGUUGUUGAUAAUAAAGAGGUGUUAUAG